AUCGGAAUAUUUCUGAUUGGUCAAAAUCUAUUGCUACUCCCUGUUCCUAUUGCCUGUGUUUUUACAUUGUGCAAUAAGCUUUAGGCUGUCGAAUGGAUAGGAUGUCUUUUAUACUCACAUAAAUUUUGAAGUAGAAACAAUGGAUUUGCUCUACGUUGUUAAUAGAAGAAGUUCUUCCAAAUUUUCUAAUCAAGAUUGUUUAUAUAGUGGACAAUCAUUAUGUUCUUUAUCUAGUCGAAAUAUAGUGACAUUCACUACAAUGACAGAGUUGGAUGAUAAUAACGGCAAAACACGGGGAUGUCAUGUUUAUGUAGCUGAUCUGAAUAUGCCAUGGCAUGCUCAUAAAGUACUUUCUAAUAAGCAUAAUAUUACUGCAUUGGAGUGGGAUCUGCCAGGUGACAAAUUGGUAAUAGCGGAUGUAGCUGGAAAUGUACAGUUAUGGAUGUUCAAAGACCAUAUUUUGAAUGAUUGGGUGUUAAUAGGUUCUGUAUACUUCCCUGGUGAGCACAUAUUAGGUGCGGCAUGGUUUCACAAUGGUAAAAAGACUGGACUAGUAACGGAAAAGAAAGAUAGCAUUCAUUAUACUGAAAAAUUUAAUCAUUUAUCAUUCGCACCUUCUGUGAGGCAAUUCGGUGGCAGAGCUGCUGAAGGUGUGUUAGUGGUCUCAACAACUGGUAUGGUCGGUGCAAUCAUGAUUACAAAGGAUCUUCAAAAUCCGAUUUGUUAUUCGUCGGAAAGUCUCGGUAACACGAGGCAUAGAAUAACUGCAGUUGAUUUGUGCUAUGGAAAAAAUGGUCAUUUUCUCGUUGCAGUUAGUAGCGGCAGCAUCUGUUUGCCUAUAAGAUGUUUUAGAGUAUUAGUGCGCAAGAAUGAUGAUAAAUGCACUAUUACUUCGCAAGCUUUACCAAGUUUUUUCCUGCAGGAUGGAGCACCUAAGGAUAAUUCAUGUAUAGUGACGCAUUUAAAGUUCGUGGUGAGAGAAGAUGCUGAUUCUCUAGUUAUUGCGGCUAACAGCGAAAAUGGUGGAUUUAUUGAGGUAUGGGAGUUGCGAGAAAAGUCGCAACCGGUUCACAAAUUGUUCCAACCAAAAAGUUUAGAACCUUUCAAGACAGUUGUUUGGCAGUAUCAAUCGCAGUAUCGCUGUCAAUCGCCGGUUACGGCAAUAGCGACUACAAAACUAUCUAUCGUGACAACUUUACCACCUCCAAGUUAUGUAAUAAUAGCAUUAGCAGAUUCGUCGGUACAUUGCUUAAAUCGUUUGGAUUGUUUAAAAGAAGUGGCAUUCUCGUCUUUGAAUGCAAAUUGGCGUCUAGAUGAGCCCAGCAAUAAAUAUUUUAAGAACUUUAUAUCUAUUGCCCAUAUGGAUCUUUCAUGGUUGGGAUGCGUGCUUCUUGCUUGUGAUACACACGGCAAUCUAUAUCUAUAUAAACUGUUGCCGGAUGGUACCACAGGUACAUCAAUGUCACUGACUUAUGCUUGUACAUUAUUAGAAUAUUGUUUGGUGACAGGAUUGGAUUGGUUGGAUAUACUUUUAUGCUUGAGAUCGUCUAUGAUCGAAGCACUAUGUGAGCGGUUAGACAUCUCUUUUAACAGACAGCUGCAAUCUACGCAGCAGUAUCAUUAUAUCCAAUUUUUAUGCAUUAAGACAUCAUUAUAUAGGAUGCUCAUGACAGGACAGAAUAAGGCGGCGGAUUUGUCGUCAUUAUUGAUGAUACAUUCAGUAGCUACUGCCUUCAAAUCUUUAUUGAGACCAUCGGAUCUGAUAUCUUACGAUAAGGGCCCAGCAGAGACCUUAGCCGCGGUCAUAACCGAUGUUAUUACCGAUGUUGACAAAGUAUUAUAAUCAAAUUUUUAUGUCUUUUUUAAACGCCCUAAUUUUGAAUCAAUUAAAUCAGCGAAAUUCUUUCUUUCUUGUUCUAUUCUUUUAUUCUGAAAUUAUAAAUAUGCAUUGAUAUAAGUGUGUGCGCGGUAUUUUUAUUCUACACACACACA